AUGCCUUUCAUUGUCGAAAAGAAAGCGGCGCUUUCCCGGAUGGCCUUCCAAGCCCUUGUAAGAUACGAUCACGAUGGACAAGUCUUUUACGGCAAUCUGGUGCGAAGAAGCAGAAGCGGUUAUGUUGUGGAGAGAUUAGGUGGGAAUAUUGAUGAGGGAUUCGUCAACACGAAUAUGAGGGAUACGGUAACGAAGUUGCUGUGUCCCUUGGAGCGAACACCAAGCAUCAUAUGUCUAGGCCUCAAUUUUCUGAGAUACGCAGAACAAGCAAAUCUCCCAAUUGCGGCCUACCCAAUAGUUUUCACGAAACCGCCAGAUGCUCUGGCAGGACCGAACGAUCCAGUGUUCGUUCAUCCGGACGCGCAAAGUCACUUGGAUUACGAGGGCGAGCUGUGCGUCAUCAUUGGAAGAGACGCGAAAAACGUGUCAGAAGACGAAGCGCUUGAUUACGUUCUCGGUUAUUCUGCAGGAAACGACCUUACCGCACGAAAUUUUCAAGUUCCCGACGCUUCAGGAGGCCAGUAUUCUUACUGUAAAUCAUUUGAUGGUUUUGCACCGAUAGGACCGGCGAUCUGGUCGCCUACAGUGGUUCCAGAUCCGCACGCACUGCGGUACCGCACGAUGGUCAAUGGCAAAGUCGUCCAAGAGACUGAAACUUCCGACAUGAUUUGGAGCGUGGCGCAGGUGAUUGUCCACCUUUCAAGGGGAACGACGUUAAGGAAAGGGACCGUUAUUAUGAUGGGUACACCGGCUGGUGUUGGCUAUUUUCAGGGGAAGUUCUUGAAAGAUGGUGACGUGGUGGCUGUAGAGAUCGACGGACUGGGGAAGAUCGAAAACAAGAUUGUUUUUGAGAAAGAAAAUCCCGAGGAGAUGGAAGAGUAG